CCCUCCAUUCCCGUCGCAGUCCACUGCGAAAAGCUGCGUUGGAUCUCGUAUCCCCCGGAGGCGUAUCCUUUGAAGUGCCAUGGCGAAUAACUAUAUCGACGAGGCUACAUUUGUGGCCGUGCUUUGGGUCUGUCAGACAAUCACGUUCUUCUUCGUCCUUAUUCGGCUGCUCUUCCAAUAUCUUGUCGACCGGAAAUGGCACACACACGAUGUCUUGAUCUUAACGGCCUGGGUGCUAUCUCUUGCCAAUUGCAUCGUGUGGUCGGUAUGCUAUAAGCAGAUGUUCUACAUAACAACCCUUACCACAGGAUCAAUCGAUUACUCCAACUUGCCAGAGAACAUUGCGGCCAUCGAGGUGCGAUACCUGCGCGGGCAGCUCGCCGGAUACCUCCUCUCGUAUACUAGUCUGUGGUCGGUCAAGCUGUCCUUCAUAUUCUUCUUCCGACAUUUGGGAAAUCGUUUCCGUGCACAACGCAUCCUCUGGUGGGUGGUCUUGGCGUUUGUUAUCGCCUGCUAUGGGGGUACACUGGGUGUCCUGGACUAUGCAUGUGAGAUGGCUUCUUUUGAGGAUAGCAUUGAGGCUUGUGCGAGUGCGUAUUCGAUCUGGUAUGAACGGGUAAGCCUAAAGGUCUCGACGAGUAUGGAUAUUGUAUCUGAUGCAGCUAUUAUCGUUCUCUCUGGUCACGUCAUGUGGAGAGUUAAAAUCGACAUUCGGAGAAAGCUCGCCUUGAUCGGUGUCAGUUUUCUAACGGCGUUUAUCAUCAUCAUAGCGCUGGUGCGACUUGAGCUGAGUGUCUCAGGUACGGGGAUCCUAAGUCCUGCCUGGCUGGUUUUCUGGAACGCGAUCGAGAUCUGUGUUGCGAUCAUGAUGGCUUGUCUCGCGUCAUUCUGGACCUUCUACACCAAAUUGAAAAGACAAUCGCCGGGUCCUCGGUGGCGCGCUGGGGGACUCCCACCACGCGAUUAUGCGUCUCUCGAGAGACCAAUCCUGCUGAACGGACAAUUCAGCGAUAGAGACAAGCAUAACCACUCUGCACUCUCGAUGCAGAGCCAUAACUCGCAGAAUACGGGACAAGGUGCCCCGAGGGGGAAGACGGAGGAGCCUUAGGGGGGAGGUGAUGUUGCAACGGGCACCUUUCCCUUCGGGGAGGAGGAAAGAUGUGAUGGCCUGGUUCGGUGAAUGUCCCAACAGAUGUA